AUGCAAUGCAAUAUGGGUUCUAUGGAGGAAUAUGAGGUUGACACAAAGGUUGAUGAGAUUAAUCUCUGCUUCGGUCGAAGCAUCCCAUCUGCUGAUAGUGCACAACAAAACGAGGAAGCUGAUUCCUUUAAAACCGAGAAGAAAAAGCAAAAGGACCCUAAGCCCGAUACUAGUAAAACAAAGGAGUCAUCUCAAUCACAUGCAACAAAGGACCCUAAGCUCGAUACUGCUCCUUUAAAUAUCUAUGACGCUUUACAAAUGUUGAGAAAGCUUAGGGAAGCACUUUUCGGCCGUGAAUCUUAUCCUAUUAAAGACGCUCCAUGCUAUAGGGAUGAGUGCCCGAAGGUUGUCUCCCUCUAUGCUGACUAUUCAAGGGUUCAACCAACUUGGGCAAAAAGUCAUGGGCUCUAUUGCCUUGCAAAUGGAAAUAGGGGACCUAUAUUCAGACGCCCUAUUCCAUGUGAUCAAUGCUGA